AUAAUGUGUAGUCUGUCAAAAUGUGGGAGUGUGGUCUGACCAUCCAUUAAUUUGAUUAUGUCUAUUUAAUUUUUAUUGACCAUUCUAUUUUAGCUAUAAAUUAAAAUAACUUGAUUAAAGUUCUUCCUUCUCCUGGUCAUCAUCAUGUUCCUCUCACUUGCUCUAUCAAUUUUGAUGCUAAAGGCACUAAUAAUACCCCAGUCUUCAGGACAGUGUUUGGCUCCUUCUUGUAUCAGUAGCUAUGAUGAUUUGAAAAAUGCUCUUCGUGACAACGACACGACCAACAUUAGGAAGCUUCUUGACACCUUCUAUCCACCCAAUGAAGCUACAAUUCAUUCUGUGAGGGUCACGUACUGUAUCAGUGAGAAUAAGACGGGCUGUAGCUCUAUGUCUGACACCUACACUUAUCAAUGGGCGACAAACUCUUUCCUCCUCAUAGUAGAACCAGACCUACUCAAUGCAUUGACCCUUAAUCUCUUUGAGCUAAUCUCUGAUGAUUUGAGUCUUGUGAUUGGGUUACCAUUCUGCUCCAAUGACACUCAAACAGCUCGUCAGCUCCUGGACACUUUGACAACAUGGUUACGAUCUUAUGCUAACAGUGAUACUGAGGAUGAUCAAGGAUAUGCGGUAUUUUAUGAUCCAGAGGCUCGAGAUUUUGUGUACAAUUCACACGAGAACAUUCGUCGCUUGCGCUUGUCUAUAGCCUCAUGGCUAAUACUCAUGAUCAUCAGUAUUAUGAUGUUCCUGACGUGUAGACUAUGCUCAAAGAAGAUAGCCAAAAGAAUUAACAGAACAGUAGAUAAAUUCGUUGACUCAGUAGCAGUCAUUGCCUCAUUUGGACAAACCCUGAGAGAUAGAUUAAAAGAAAACAAGUCAAAAAAUGAUGAGAAAGGGAUUGAGAAGGAAAUGGAGAAAAAUGAAGAAUCGUUAAAAGAGAUGAAAUCUGAAGUCAAGGCUAAGAGUGCUUACUUGACAAGAGUUGCUACUGUACAAAAUAAUUUAAGUUAUUUCGUUGUACUGCUUGUUAUCCUUGUAUGGGAUAUUGUGGGAUAUGUCAAAGCAAACAGAUCAAGUGCUUACAAUUGGUAUCUGUUCUUUCCAUUGCCAGUCAUGAUCCCCGUGUUCUUUAUUGCCAGUCUUUUAAUAUCAAUGUUGAUGACUGUCGUCAAGUGUCUGAAAAAGUCCUGCAAAUUCUCAUUCCAAGAAGCCAUUUCAAUUACCCUUCUCACAACUUUGAGUGUCUUUGUUCUUUUUCAUGGUUUUUGGUUCCUUCUUACAUUUGGGGCAUUUCCCGAUCGUAUCGUAUCGAAAGCUCUUUUUCUCAUUCCUCUAUAUUUCCCUAUCAAAUUGUUCCUUCAGUAUCUUUCUAUUUACGUAGAGAAAUUUGAGAAGUUUAUCGCCAAUCUUGAGAAAGAUUUAAUCGAGAAAAAAGAAAAGUCAACCAAUAAGCAGUCAGUGCUUUCGUUUGAGGAAGAAGAAGCGAAUAAUGGGACGGGACAGAGUCAAGCAGAAACUGAGACACCAAAAUGCAAAGAACUGAUCCAGUUCCUUUUCUUAAAAAUGAAAUACGCCUGGAAGGUAUGGUAUGAAGAGCCUGGCCCAUCAUCAAGGAAUUUCUUGAAUGAGUACGUUUUUACAGAAGAAAACGGAUCCAAUGUCUUCUUCACAGUGUUCUUUGCUAUCUUCUGGAUACCAUUACUGAUAGCUCUCUACUAUGCAUCUGACUACCUCCUCAUUGUCACUGAUAUUCGUAACGACCCAAUCAAGCUCCUAAUAUUUGUCAUAGCAACGUCCGUCCUUGUAUCUCGUCUUGCUAAGAUAUGGAAACCAUUUGACGACGAGGAAAGUAAAGAAGAUCCUAAGAAGACCAAAAACGAGACAUCUCGUAAAACUGAGAGAAAGUCGAGAAAGAGUUCGAGUAAAUCUCCAGCAAGAAAGAGGCCGCCACCACCUCCUCCAGUGAGUGGACAGUUAGCUGCAGUCUCAGGUGGAGAUCCUGCCACUGAAGAAGGAGACCAGAAAAUAUAUGAAUCCUUGAGUCUCGAUAGUGUGAGCAUCACUGAGGGAGAGUAUACGCUAGCUGAAGCAUCAAAUGAGGAUUAUUCAGUGGCCACUGCUCCUGAGCCUGCUGGCAAUGAUUACUCUGUAGCUAGCUUUGCUCCCAAUGACAGCGAUUAAAGAUAGUAAUAUUGUAGACCUUUAUUAAUGACCAUACUGUACUGUGUGUAUGAGCUCACUGCAUAAAAUAAUCAAUGUCAUUUCCAUGAAUUAUUUGUAAUGAAUUUUUACAGUC